AUGCCGGGUACCAAGAAGAACACGCCGCCCUGCCCUGCCCAAUGGGUUGGAGGUCAACGACGCAAACUGGUCCGCCGAAACCGCGCAAACGGAGGUCCACCACGAUCGAGCACUAUGCCUGUAUUGAAUCCAGACUCAGCGGCCGCCAGCCUGGUGAGCAGUGUCAGUAGUGUGGGCUCGGGUUAUGUGAAAGAGCGACAGUCAGAGGACAGCUACGAUCAACACCAACGCGAGAAACGACAAGAGCCUGAAGGACUCGAAGACAAGAUGCAGUUCUAUCCGCCAAGUGGUGCCGUGAAGUCUGGUGCGCCAUACAUAUUCUUUGCAGACGGUCCAGUCACGUCCUCGCCCAAGCUCACAGCAACCGACAGCAAGAAGAAACAAGGCCUGUUUGGCACUAAGAAGCCCAAGGCCCUCGAUCGACCGAACAGCUCUCCUCACACUCAAGUGGUAACGUCGCCAUUGCCCGUGACCACACCAUCAAAGGCUGCAAAGUUCUUCGGUCUCGAAGCGAAGCCCACGGUCACAGAAAGCCCACGUCGCGCCCAAUUCCAGGAUGAUAGCAUCUCUGACGAUGGGGCUCCGACAGGUGCAGCCCGACAGACUAAGUUCAGAGAAGAAGACGUAGAGCCUGACGAGCCGAAGCCAACGAAGACUGGCAAGACAAGCGCCAACAAAGGGCUCCGCAUGCUCAUUCCAGAAUUCGCAGGCCCAAGGCGCGCGCCGAUACAGCAAACCACAACUGCGAUAACACGAUUUGAUCUUGACGAAGAAGACGAUAAUGUCGGUUAUAGCAGCGACAGCGGCCUCCAGGAAGUACGGUUCCGCAUUCCGGCUGCGCCCCGACCUGUGCUCGCCGUACCGAAGCGUACCCGUGUGCGCAGGAAGAGCCCCAAGGACUUCCAGCGUAUGUCGCCUAUAACAGAGGCCUCAUUUGAGUCACUUCGCCCAGCUUACCGUGAAGGCGAAGACGUGACCGAGCUAGGUGUCAUCUCUGAGUAUGAAUACGAUGAUCCUCCGCACAGGGCCCCAGUGCUGCCUCAAUCUCACACUGAAACGACCUUGCCCCCACAUGAUGCAUUCGAGCUUGACGAAGCAGACCUUUCGCCUACGGACGAAUUCUACGAUGAGGGAGUCACCGACGAAGACGAUAACCUUGUACACCCUGGCACCAAAGUUGACGUGAAGCGAGUGCGUUGGCAAGACUCUACUACUGUGUAUAUCCGCAGCCCUCUGCAAAGUGUCGAAGAUGCUUACCUCGACGCGACUGAAGAAGAGAUGCGACUCGAAGCUCGCACAAUGACACUGGCCAGAGUCGAAGCCGAGAAGCAGGCAAUGGAUGCCGAGAUCGAUGUACUGAGGCGCGAGCAUGAGCGACUCAAGCUCAAUUUCAAGAGCGAUGACAACGCAGAAUGUGUUUGCACGGAACCAGAGCCGACGCCUGGUGAGGACAGUAUCCAAGACGACGAAGACCUGAUAUCGCUCAGCAGCAGCAUUGACCUUGACGAAGACCCUACGGUGCAUGAGGCGCAGGCGAUGACUUUCACCAGGAUCACACCAGGAAUGGUGAAGCUCGUAGACAUUCCACCCAGGAAGAAGACGCCAGUAGCCUACGUCGGCAGCAACAUUCAUGUUCCUGACAAGCUCGCACUUGUCGAACGCGAGAAGAAGAACGCCACCGCUUCUGCUUGUGCUGAGAACAUCCCUCCAGCAAGUCCUACUGUCACUCACUACCACCACGAAGAUCCGGACUGUAGCACAAAGCCCAAGAAGUCGAAGUUGACGCGGAACGAGUCUCGAUUGCUUGUUCAAAAUUGGAUCUCGGACUACAACAGCACUGAACAGCGGCCCAUUUCCACUCGUGUCGACCCAGACGUUCUUGCCGACCAGGAGACCCCGCCAGCACCUUUCCCUAAAAGCGAUGAGGCCCUGCCCACCCCUCCGAUCAAGCCACGCUCCGACUCACUCAAGCUCCCGAAGCAGAUCCAGAAACAUCAAUGCAUCAACAAUGGCCACAUCUUCCACCCUGUCGACCUGAAGGCAAUCCCAGACAAUGCCGUCAUCAACAGCUUGGAAGUUAGGCCCUAUCUGCAGACCUACACCGGUGUCAAGCAGCAUGUGAAGAUUCCUGUGCUCUGCGAGAAGUGCAGCGAAGACUGUGACGAGAACGUUUGGGAGUGUGAGAUCGCUGUGUGCCGCGUAGCUGUUUGCCAGAGCUGCGCCGAGGAUAUGGAGGCGGAGUGGCAGGAGAGGGCUGUCAACGGGUGGAAGUACAAGUGAGCGUGACGACUAUGUUGUGAGUAGCCGUUGAGCCUGGCCUGACUGCUGAAG